CCCACGUGUCCGCAUUCGGCUUCCGUAUAUGCCGACGUCAGACGCUGCGCUGAGCGUGAUGAGGUCACGGGCGUCCGUGGAAAAAUAAGCAUGGAAGCGGCACCGGGUAGCUGUCGAGCUCGAAAACCGAGAAAGAAAGGUGGAAAGGCAGUUAAACCCCAGACUGCUGUAGAAAUAGCUAAAAGGAGAGAGGCCUUGAGAGAGUCGCUUCGACAGAAGCUUGAGUUGGAGCAGAAGGCCCUUCGCAUCGUGGAGCGCCUCCUAGAGGACGGUGUCACAGAUGAGUUUCUCGUUGACUGUGCCAGAUUCAUCACGCCAGCUAAUUACACAGACACCGUGGAGGAGAGGUCGAUUGCCAAGAUGUGUGGCUAUCCCCUCUGCUCAAACAAACUUGUCAACGUUCCGAAGCAGCAAUAUAAAAUUUCCACCAAAACCAACAGAGUGUAUGACAUCACAGAGCGAAAGUGCUUCUGCAGUAACUUCUGCUACAGCGCCUCGAAAUAUUUCACCAGUCAGAUUUCCAAGACACCCCUCUGGCUGCGAGGGGACGAGAGGCCCCCUGAUGUUCAGCUGCUGCAGGAAGGGGAGAGUGGCAGGUCUGGAGAAGAGGUGAAGCUUGCUGAGCAGCCUGUCACCGAGGGUGACAUUGAGAACCCCGGCGGUGAGAUGGCGCCCCCUACUGACUCCUCGGACAGCGAGGGCAGAAGCAGUGACUCUGAGCAGGAGUUUGUGUCCAGCGUGGUCUCAGGGGGACAGUUGGUGCCAAUGAAGACACAGCCAGGGGAGCAGACCAGGACAGGGCAUCGCCCAGCGGACAGGAAGCGGGUGACAUUUAGGGACAUGACCUGCACAGACAGCAUGGAGGCACGUGCAAGUGUGGAAAGAGGAGGGGUGGAAGACCUGAGACAUGAGGGGGAGGAGGGACACCGGCAGGGUACUGUGGAGGAAACCUGUCGCCUCCUGAGCUCAUGCAGCCUGGCUGCACCCCCUAUGCCAGGCCAAAGCCCAGAGCAGCUAGCAGCUAAUGCCCCGCCUACAGCUAAUGCCCCGCCUACAGCUAAUGACCCGCCCAGCGCUAAUACCCCACCUACAGCUAAUGCCCCACCCAGCCUUUACACCCCACCCACAGCUAAUGCCCCGCCUACAGCUAAUGACCCGCCCAGCGCUAAUACCCCACCUACAGCUAAUGCCCCAUCCAGCCUUUACACCCCACUCACAGCUAAUGCCCCGCCCAGCGCUAACACCCCACCUACUGCAAAUGCCCCUCCCACCACUAAUGCCCCAACCGCAGUUCGUGCCCCGUCCAGCGCUAACCAAGGUUUCACCCAGGUGGGCAUGAGCAGGAAGGGUGCGGCUGACUUGCGGGGCCUGCUGGGGCUGGGGGCCGCAGGGAGGGGCCAAGCCGGUCCCCAGGCACUCAGGACCACCAUGCUGGAGGGCUUGAGGAGCACGCUGACAGAGUGGAGGACCCAGGAGACCCUGCACUUCCUCUACGGGCCUGGUUACAGCUCCUGGGACGUGGAGAAGGAGCCAGAUGAAGACGAGCUGGAUGAGGAUGACCUAGAGGAGUGUGUGGAAGACCCUGUUAAGCGACCCGUGGGGAAGCUGGGGGGGAGGGCAGCAACCCCCGUCCCAGACUACGGAACCCUGCGCAAGGAGACGGAGCAGCUGACCCUGAGGGUGCGGGAGUUUUACGGCGGAGUGUGUACCCUGCCUGAGGAGACGGAGCUGGGGGCGGAGCCAGCAGACAAAGGGGUGGAGGCCCCCCCAAGUGACGCGCUGGCCCUCCCGCUGGUCGAUUCCCGCUCCCAGCACGUGAUACAGAAGAGCAUUGUCAUAGAGAAGCUCUGCAGAAGCCUCAGAGACGUCGUCGGACCGCUGGGCCUGACAAUGAACGACGUCACGGCCAACAUUAGCAACCUCGUCAGGACGUUCCGGUUCACAAGCUCCAACAUCAUCCACAAGAGCCCAGAAUGGACCCUGAUGGCAGUGCUGUUCCUCCUAGUGCUGGCAGAGGUGUCCCCCGUCCUCAGGGGGGUGCUAGCGAGCCCGUCCUCUGUGGAGUACAUGUCCACGGUGAUGAGGGAGCUGACGGUCGAGGAGCAGGAGCUGCAGGGUUUGGUGGGACUCUUCCGAAGGCCGGCCUCCUCACGGCACAUCUGAAGUAUCUGAAGGUCUUUCUUGUCAGCUUUGCUCUGCUGACAGGGUGACACUUCGCAGACAGCCGUCCUGAAGGGGCCACCCCUCCCAGCCAAGUGACAUCGACACCCAGCCGACAAGUCAUCAGGGACUGGGCCUUCAAAUGAAGCCAAAAUGCAUGGAUUCUCUUCUCUACCACCGGAGAAAACUUACCAUUUUGAGUAGCACUCAAGGUUGUUGGUUUUCAGGAAUCAAAGCUGUAAAUGUUAAUUUAAUAAAAUCACUGGAUGAUGUGAAUAAUGUGUGAUAUGCAAACAAUAAGUGAAAAUGGAAGCUUGACUGAUGUAUUUGCAUAUUUUUGCAUAGCUAUGCUUUGUCUACCGCUAUAGUUUCUGGAACUGUAACUAAAAUUAGUAUUUCUGAUACGAACUGAGGCAGUCAGCAGCAAAUCCGCCGGAAUAUUACUUCCGCUUUGACUCCAUUUUAAUGCUCAUUAUGGGGUGGAUCACGGAACCAUAGGGACCGCUCGAACCCGCAACGAAAUGAAAACGUUCCUAAAAUCCUAAAUUCCUAAAAGCAAUGCAUCAUGCUACUGAAUGGGUCCAACUAUUCUGUUGUAAACGAGACUCUUUGAGAAACGCCCCCCCAGGGUGGGGGUACUGAGUAUUGUAAUAUGAAACGCGCUGUAUAAAUAAAUUUCAGUUGAA